UCACUCACACACACACACACACACACACACACACACUUCUUUCUCUUUUCAAAAGCCUCUUGUGAAACAGAUUGACAGGCUAGAAUGAAAAUGAGGCGGACGCUCGGUCGCGACUUCAGUGCAUACGCGUCCUUUUGAGGAGACCUCUAAACUUGGAUCAUAUCACCAUGGGAGCUAUUUGGGCUGCAAGGGACUUUUGUUUGUUUUUCCUCUUGUUAAAUAGUCGCCAGAGCGCUGCGCUUGCAGAGAUUCGAGCAGACCCAUGCGCAGAUGGAAGUGAUGGCUGUCACAUCGACGCUAUUUGUCAGACUACACAAGGCUCGUACAAGUGCACGUGCAAGGCAGGUUUUAAAGGAGAUGGACACCAUUGUGAAGACACCGAUGAGUGCGACCUGGACUACAAUGGAGGCUGUGUACACGAAUGCAACAAUAUACCAGGAAAUUAUCGCUGCACUUGUUAUGACGGAUUUAAUCUGGCACACGAUGGACACAACUGUUUAGAUGUGGAUGAAUGCAAGUUCAACAACGGUGGAUGCCAGCACACUUGUGUCAACACCAUGGGCAGCUACGAGUGUCGCUGCAAAGAGGGCUUCUUCCUCAGCGACAACCAGCACACAUGCAUCCACCGCUCCGUGGAGGGCCUCAACUGUAUGAAUAAGGAGCACGGCUGCGCCCACAUCUGCAGGGAGACGCCCAAAGGGGGCGUGGCCUGCGAGUGUCGCCCCGGCUUCGAGCUGGCCCGGAACCACCGCGGCUGCAUCCUGACGUGUAACCACGGCAACGGAGGCUGCCAGCACACCUGCGAGGACACGGAGAACGGUCCCAUAUGCAGGUGUCACGCCAGGUACACCCUGCAGCCCGACAAGAAGUCGUGUGUAGUCUUCCUCAGUGGAUGGAGGUCUGAGCAAGACUGUGGCAUGUGGUUGAAAGCUCUGGAGAAAGUUGAGCGAGACGAGGCCACGGCUGAUUCCUCCAACCCCAACGCCACCGCCUUCGCCGAAGCCGACAAACGGGUCAAGCGGCGGCUGCUGAUGGAAACCUGCGCGGUGAACAAUGGGGGGUGUGACUGCACUUGUAAGGACACAUCCACAGGCGUGCGCUGCAGCUGCCCCGUGGGCUUCACGCUGCAGCCGGACGGGAAAACGUGCAAAGACAUUGACGAGUGCGAGCUUCACAACGGCGGGUGCGACCACUCCUGCAGGAACACCAUCGGCAGCUUCGAGUGCAACUGCAGGAAAGGCUUCAAGCUGCUGACGGACGAGCGAGCGUGUCAAGAUGUGGAUGAGUGCUUCUUCGAGCGGACGUGUGAUCACACGUGUGUGAACUCCCCCGGUGCCUUUCAGUGCCUGUGCAACAAAGGCUACACCAUGUACGGGCUGGCCCACUGCGGAGAUAUAAAUGAAUGCAGCGUGAACAACGGGGGCUGCGAGCAGGGCUGUGAGAACCUCCUGGGCGGAUUCGAGUGCUUCUGCCGUCCUGGCUACAGGCUGCACUGGAACAGAAAGGACUGCGUCGAGGAUGACAGUUUACCACCUGCACAACCUCCCUCUAAACCCACCUUGAACUGUAGUAAACAGGAGGGAGGGGACCGCUGCUUCCUGACAUGCCAGUCUCAAGUUCACAUCAGCAGCGGGACGGAGGAUUCCUACACGGUGACCUGCGGUCUGCCCCUGCCCUGCAUGGCUGACGCACAAAGGAACCUCAGCGGCUCGCUUUGCUCAGGUCCAGAAAUAGCCGGCGUUCCGCGCAUUAAGACCACGGCCACCUUCAGGUCCGGCGCGGCCAAGUGCAACCUGAAGCGGACGGAGGAGAAGCUGAAGGAGAGCUUGAACUCCGCGCACUCAGACAGCAGGUCCCUCUUCACAGAGAACGUCCAGUUCAGCUACGUCAGCCUGCGCUGCACCUCGUCGGGGCAGCGGGCGCGCAGCCGCCACGGCCGCCGGGCCGGCGAGGACGACGGCUCCUCCAUCACAGCCGAGUUCGAGCUGGAUGUGAACCUAGAGGAGGUAACAGCAGAGAGCUGUGACCUGAGCUGCGUGCGCCGGCGCUCCGAGAAGCGCCUCAGGAAAACCAUCAGGACCUUGAGGAAGUCCAUCAACCGGGAGCAGUUUCACCUCCGCUUCGCCGGCUCCGCCUACGAGAUCUCCAGGAGUCCGGGUCAGCUGUCCGGAACCGGCGAGCUGCCGGGCCAGUGCGCGGCAGGACAGGUGCCGGUGGGCAGGAAAUGUGUGAGCUGCGGUGCUGGGACCUACUUUGACGGGGACCAGGGCAGGUGUGUGCUGUGUCCAGCUGGGAUGUAUCAAGACGAGGAAGGACAAAUGUCUUGUGAGAUCUGUCCCGGACCUGAAGGGAGAGAAAUCUCCAAGGUGGUCGGGGCUCGUAACAUGUCAGAGUGUGGAGGUCAGUGCCCUCCGGGUCAGUACUCCAGCGAUGGCUUCAUCCCCUGCCUCCCCUGUCCACUGGGAACGUACCAGCCGGAAGUGGGCCGGACCACCUGCUUCCCUUGCGGAGGGAGCCUUGUGACCAAGCGCAGCGCCGCUGUGACUUUUCAGGAAUGUGAGACUAAAGUCCAGUGUUCUCCAGGGCAUUACUACAACACCAGCACACACCGCUGCAUCCGCUGUCCCAUCGGCACGUAUCAGGGGGAGUUUGGCCAGAACUACUGCGUCUCCUGCCCUGGGAACACCACCACAGACUUCGAUGGCUCCACUAACAUCAUGCAGUGCAAAGACCGGCAUUGCGGAGGAGAGCUGGGAGAUUUUACCGGCUACAUCGAGUCCCCCAACUACCCGGGGAACUACCCAGCCAACGUCGAGUGCACGUGGAUCAUCAAUCCGCCGGCCAAGCGCAGGAUCCUUAUCGUGGUCCCAGAAAUCUUCCUUCCUAUCGAGGACGAGUGUGGAGACUAUUUAGUCAUGAGAAAAAGCUCUCUCGUCAACUCCGUGACAACCUAUGAGACUUGCCAGACGUACGAACGUCCAAUCGCUUUCACCUCCCGCUCCAAGAGGCUUUGGAUUCAGUUCAAAUCCAACGAAGGAAACAGCGGGAAAGGCUUCCAGGUGCCGUACGUGACAUAUGAUGAGGACUACCAAGAAUUAAUAGAGGACAUAGUCAGAGAUGGGCGGCUAUAUGCUUCGGAGAAUCACCAGGAAAUUCUCAAGGACAAGAAGCUCAUGAAGGCGUUGUUUGACGUGCUGGCUCACCCACAAAACUUCUUCAACUACACGGCACAAGAAUCACGAGAAAUGUUCCCCAAGUCCUUCAUCCGCUUCCUGCGUUCCAAAGUCCUCAGAUUUCUUCGUCCCUAAAAAGAGCUAUUGCUGAUUGUUUUUCCCUAAUAAGCUUAAAUUUGAUACUAAAAAAUAGGAUCCUGUGGACAAAAUGGACGAGUUGAGCAAGUGAACUUUAAUUAGAGCUUUGCGAGGCAUCGACCCAUAGAAACCAAUCGGGCUCGCUUCGUUUUGGACAUUUGCUCAUGUUUAAUUAGCAGCAGAGGAAUUGUAGUGACUUUAUACCCUUCUUUGAUUUGUAAAGUCACCAUCUCAGGAUCUGAACCCAAAGUGCAAAUCUGUGUAUUUGAAUCUUGCUAAAUAUUGUACAUCGCGUCAUAAUGAAAAACAGAAGUCGUAGCUAAACAGACACAUGCUGUCUUUCAGUGAUGCAGAAUCUAGUUUUAAGGUAGACAUCUUACACUGCUAGAAGUUGACUGUUGAGAGAAAUGUUCAAAUACAAUGUAGCACAAGCGUCUUCUUGGGAACAUUAGCACUACUGAGGAGGUAGUGGCACUACAAAAGCAAUUAUUCUGAGGUUUUGUGUAUAUGAUGUAAAAAGUUUUAGGUGAAACUAAUGUAAUGUAGCUACUACAUACAGUCCCACAGCGUAGCAUUGCUGGUGGCUCAUUAUUCGAUGUCCCGGGGGAUCUGAUAUAAAGGGCUGCUGUCAUCAAACUCUUCCAAUGGCGUAGGUGCAGUCAUCUUUCACUUCACAAUUUGUAUUGUGAAGCCAAAGACAACUGUUCACCCUCAGAGGACGAUGAGCGAGUUAAACAGAGAGAACGUGAAAAGAAAGUCCUGUAAAAUAGAACUGAGUAAUUCACCUGUUUUAGAUGAUACAUUUAUGUAUAUUUUUAUGGUUUUGUACAUCUGAUAUUCUGUAAAUAAAGAUAGAAAACUUCUUCUCAGUA